AUGGAAGCUGUGAGCAAUGAAAGUCUCAGCCUCCUGUCCGUCUUCCUAACUGGCAUCCCAGGACUGGAGGCCCAACAUGGCUGGCUUUCCAUUCCCUUCUUCACUAUGUAUGUCAUGGCCAUCGUGGGUAAUAGCCUAAUCAUGGCAGCGAUUCAGGCGAGCUCUGCCCUACAUGAGCCCAUGUACCUGUUCAUCUCCAUGUUGGCCGUCACUGAGGUGGGUGUCUCUGUGUCUACACUGCCUACUGUUAUGGGCAUUCUUUGGUUUGAUGCCCGCAGCGUUGACUUGGAUGGCUGCCUAGCCCAGAUGUUCUUCAUUCACACCUUCUCCUGCAUGGAGUCAGGGGUCCUGUUAGCCAUGAGUUUUGACCGCUUCAUAGCCAUCUACAACCCGCUGCGCUAUACAGCCAUCCUCACCCUGCCCCGGAUCAUCUCCAUGGGACUGGGCAUUACACUAAAGAGCAUGGCACUCAUGGCACCACUUCCAGUCCUCUUGAGGCAACUGCCCUAUUGUCACAUUAACAUCCUCUCCCACUCCUACUGCCUCCAUUCAGACCUGAUCCAGCUGCCUUGUGCUGAUACUAAGUUCAACAGCAUUCUGGGCCUGGCUAUUGUUCUAGCCACUUUUGGGCUGGACUCACUACUCAUCAUGGUCUCUUAUGUGCUGAUCCUUUACACAGUGUUGGGCAUUGCUUCUGGGGAGGGGCAGUGGAAGGCCCUCAACACAUGUGUGUCACAUAUCUGUGCAGUGCUUGUGUACUAUGUGCCUAUGAUUGGUGUAUCUGUGAUGCAUCGUGCUGCCAAGCAUGUGUCACCCAUGGUCCACACAUUCAUGUCUAGCAUCUACCUCUUUGUGCCUCCUGUGCUCAACCCCAUCAUCUACAGCAUUAAGACCCAGCCAAUUCAACAGGGAAUAGUCAACUUGUUCUCCUGCAAGAGGGAAUUGCUCUGA